GGCUUGAUGUCCAAGGGGCCAACAAGAAGGCAUAGGAUAGAAGAUAAAGCGAGAAAAAGGGAAAGUGGAAGAGUUCAACUGGUGCGAAGGUCCGCGCACGCACAGUGACUCUGACUCCUCCCGUGGAUGACUGGAUGUGGAACUCAACCAUGCCUGAUUGACUCACUCUUCCUUUCUCUCUCUCAUCUUAGUCUUCUCUUUCCCACAUUGGUUUCUCAGUCUUCCCUAAUCCGAAGCCAACAUUUCCUAAUAACAAUAUCGACCCACCCUCGCAGGGAUCCUUCUUUUCCCCGAUCCCUAAUUCAAUUGUUCAUUUCCACCCCUAUGUCCUAACCUAACCAUCUUUCUUCUUUCAUUGCAUCUACAGAUCGGAGCUCUCUCAACAGUUGUCCUUUGCUUGUUGCAUUCUUCUCUUUGCAAGGAUGGAUGCAAACUCAGAAAGAAUUUCUCAAGAUGUGCCUUUGACUGGUUCUCCUGGCCACAUGGAGGGUGAUUUGUUCGUUGAUCACUCUGGCCAGCCAGCUUUGUGUACUCUAUGUAGAAGAAGUCUUGCACCUGAUUAUGAGGCAACAGACGACCUUGAAACCGUCGGUCUAUGUGGGGACUGCAAGUUUUUGUUGCUUGAGGAUCUUGCUUCCCCGCCUCAAGACUCUCAUCGAAGACGACCAGCUCGAAGAAGAAGGAAUAGGCAAAGCAGUUCUGAAUCAAUUGAAAAUCUUUUCUCACAACAUUUUUCACAUAUGAUUAAUCUGGUGAGGCAGAACCAAUCCCCUGUCUCUGGGCUUGAGGAUCAAAUUAUGGAUGGUGGUUCCACGGCAAGGUCAUUACAGCGCAGUAGUUCCCGUACAACUCCUAGUGGUUCUAGAAGAUGGCGACGUGUUGUCUCUGAUACUGAAAGUGAUGGUUUUGAUAACCUGGAUUCUAUUUAUGGAGAGAGUGAAUCAAAUGUUAGUUUUAGUCAGUACAGGGUCUUUCGGGGUGAGAGUGAUGCAAUAUCUUUUAGUACUUAUGGAGGGGACUCGGAUGCUUCUGUGGAUGGACACAGUUUCCUGGAUACAGAAAUAUUUGUUCAAGCUGACAAUAGGAGUGAUAUUGACACUGACACUGAUAUUGAUCCAAUGCAUGCUGGUCUGAACCAGUGGAACUGGGAUGAACCAGAAGAAGAUGAAGGGGGUGAUGAUGAUGAAUGGGAAGAAGCUGAUGCUGAGGAAGAUGUGGUUGAAUUUGCUAUAUCUAGAGCUGGACUUCGAGAUUUGUUUAUUUCAAGUCCAAGUGAAACCAAUCUGCCUGAUUUUAAUUUCCGUCGCUCCAGAGCUGGCUUUGAACAACUGCUUGACCAUCUGGCUGAGACUGAUGGCUCAAGGAGAGGAGCACCUCCUGCAUCUGCAUCUUUCGUGAAUAAUCUGCCUCGUGUUAUUGUCAGUGAUGAACAUGAGAAGCAUGAUGGUUUGGCAUGUGCAAUCUGCAAGGAUGUUUUGCCCAUUGGCACUGAAGUAAACCAGCUUCCUUGCUUUCAUGUCUAUCACCCUUCUUGUAUCUUGCCAUGGUUGAGUGCACGGAAUUCAUGCCCCCUUUGCCGCUAUGAGCUUCCCACUGAUGACAAAGAUUAUGAAGAGGGGAAGCAGCACAUCAACCAGAGUGUGGAGAUACAUCAAAUCCAGCAGCAAGAUGCAAGUGAGGACAGUUCCUCUGAUGACUCUGAUGAAGCUGAAGCAGAUGAAGCUUGUGAACUUGGUCCAUGUCGAUUACAGGAGGAGCCACAUGUGGAUCCUACCAUCAGUAGCUCUGCCAGGGAGGGUGGUCGGGAUUGGCUUUUUCGAGCUGCUGCUCCUUUAGCUGGUAUCCUUGGUGUUGUACUUGUGUUAUGGUUAGGCAAACCUCUAAUUGGAAGAAGAGGAUCAACAAGCCACAGCAAUCUACCUUCAGGGUGCCAGUACCAAAUUCAGGUUCCAGAUACAUCAUCACUAAACUUAAGGGGGAGCAGGAGCAGGAGAUGGUGGUCUCUUUUCUGAGAAGUUUCAGAAAUCUGGUGGGCAAUCACUUUUUCUUCAAGAUUCAAAUGUAGUCUUUGUGUUUUAACUUCACUUGUGAAUGGUUGUGGAUGCAAAUCUUGCCAUUCGCAUCUUUGAUUAAAUGUAUUAUUUUUUGGGUUUGUUGUGUAUCUUCUAAUCACUACUUCUGGCCUCAGGAAUUGAAUUGGAUAUGGUUAAAGUUUCUUCUAGUGUACAA